CAUCUUUCUAUAAAUAACCUUAAUCUUUCAGCAAUCUCUUCAGAGAUUUGACACAUUUAUUUAUCUACAAAUUAAGAAUAUGAUAAGUGGUGAAAUGUGGACUAGCAUAGGCUCUGUGCUCGCAAGCCUGAUGUUUUUAUGGGCUAUGUUCAAGCAAUAUUUUCCAUAUGAUAUCAGCCGUUUUUUCCAGCGAUAUGGUCAUAAACUUGUCUCUUUCUUCUACCCUUAUAUCCAAAUCACAUUCCAUGAGUACUCUGGCGAUGGUUUUCAUCGUGCCACGGCCUAUGUCGCGAUUCAGCGUUACUUGGCUGCCAAUUCCUCGGGGACAGCCAACAGACUGAAGGCUGAUUCAGUAAAAGACACUGAAACACUUGUGCUUAGCAUGGAUGAUCAAGAAGAAAUCACCGACGAGUAUCGAGGGGUUCGGGUAUGGUGGGCUUCCAGCAUGACCACGCCUAAGGCUCAGUCCAUUUCUUUUUUUCCCCGGGAGGAUGAUAAGAGGUUUUAUACAUUGAGUUUCCACAAGAAGUAUCGCGAAUUGGUCACUAAGUCUUACUUGACUCAUGUUUUGGCUGAAGGGAAAUCUAUUGCAGUGAAGAAUCGACAGAGAAAGUUGUACACGAAUAAUAAGAAGGAGACGUGGUCUAGAUAUGGGAGGACUAUGUGGAGUCAUGUUGUGUUUGAGCAUCCAGCUAGUUUCGAGACUCUUGCAUUGGAGGUGAAGGUGAAGAUGGAUAUCAUGAAUGAUUUAAUUACGUUUAGUAAGGGGAAAGAUUAUUAUGCGAAAGUUGGGAAGGCUUGGAAAAGAGGGUACCUUCUUUAUGGUCCUCCGGGUACUGGGAAAUCUACUAUGAUAGCGGCUAUGGCUAAUCUGUUGAACUACGAUGUGUAUGAUCUUGAGUUAACCUCUGUUAAGGAUAAUACAGAGUUGAGAAAGUUGCUUAUUGAUACUUCUGGGAAGUCGAUUAUAGUGAUUGAGGACAUUGAUUGUUCUCUUGAUCUCACAGGGCAGAGGAAAAAGAAGGGCAAGGACGGGGAAUCUGAGGACGAAAAGGAUGCUGUUAAAAAGGCCGUUGAAAAUUCAGGGACUGAUGAUGGGAGCAAAGUGACUUUAUCAGGGCUGCUGAAUUUCAUUGAUGGCCUUUGGUCUGCUUGUGGAGGGGAAAGAAUUAUUGUCUUUACAACCAAUUAUCUGGAGAAACUUGACCCUGCUUUGAUCCGAAGAGGGCGUAUGGACAAGCAUAUUGAGAUGUCUUAUUGUUCGUUUGAGGCAUUUAAGGUGCUUGCAAGGAAUUAUUUAGAUUUAGAAUUUCAUGAACUAUUUCAAAGAAUUGAAGAGUUGCUUGGAGAAACUGAUAUGACUCCUGCUGAUGUUGCGGAGAAUCUGAUGCCUAAGUCUGCUGAAGAGGACGGUGUGAGUUGCUUGAAUUGUUUGAUAAGUGCGCUAGAGGAUGCAAAAGUUGCGGUAGCUAAAGCCAAGGAAGAAGAGAAACUCAAGGCGGAGGAAGAAGAGAAACGCAAGGCCGAGGGAGAAGAGAAAGGCAAGUCUGAGAAAAAAGAGGAUCUGAAAGAAAAGAGUGGUGAAGAAACAUCAGGAAGCAAGGAUGUGAAAGAAAAUGGAGCAGUGGUUAUCUAACUUUUAUCUGCAUUGUAUAGGAGACUGUUGAAUUUUAGCUACUUGUUUGUUGUGAUUUUCUGAGUAUGCAUUGUUGUAUAUGAUCAUAUGCUAAUAAAAAUCUGUAGCUUUACAUGAAA